AUGGACUUGGGACGGACAGAGAAAGGCUUCCCCACCGCGCAACUGUUCCUUCUGGGACUCUGUCGCAUCGCCGAGCCGGUCGCCCUGACCUCCCCCCUCCCUUAUGCCUACGAUUUGAUGGAACACCUCCUCGGCAACAAUACCAACAAUGCCGCCUUUUAUGCCGGUCUCUUCGUCGCCGCCUUCUCCCUCACCGAAACCUUGACCGGCUUCUGGUGGGGAGCCCUCUCCGACCGCAUUGGAAGGAAACCAGUCCUGAUUUUAGGCUGUGCAGGAACCAUCGCUUCCUUGUGUCUCUUGGGCUUCGCGAUGAAUAUAUGGAUGGCAAUACUCGGAAGAGCCUUGGGAGGCGCCCUGAAUGGGAACGUCGGCGUGGUGCAAACCAUGGUGGGCGAGAUGGUCACCCGGCCCGAGCAUGAAGCACGGGCGUACGCUGUCAUUCCAUUCUUCUUCAGCGUCGGCUGCACCAUCGGACCCGCCCUCGGGGGUAUCUUGGCUCAACAGACAUUGGGUGGGACUGCCAUCUUUGAACAAUUUCCCUACCUGCUGCCGAAUAUUGCAUGUGCUGGCAUGGUCCUCGUCACAAUGGUGCUGGCAUAUCUAGCCUUGGACGAGACACACCCUGAGCUCCGCAAGAAAGCGCUGGGGGAGUUGGGUCCGAGCCAGCAACCGGACCAUGGCGAGAAUGCCCCCCUACUACAACCCGCGGCAAGUUCCACGAGUGGGCCCGCGCACACAGACUCCUUAUGGGACUUGAACACAAAUGUCAAGAUGUUGAUUGCCGCCGUCUGCUUGCUGAGCGCCCAUACAGUCACCUACAUCCAGCUGCUGCCAAUCUUCCUGCGGAGUCCGCGCGAUGACAGUGUUCCUCCAUACUACAUUGGCGGGAUUGGGGGUCUCGACAUGAGCCUUUCAGAGGUGGGACUCGUGAUGGGAGUUAAUGGCAUUAUUGGUCUGGGCAUCCAGUUGAUCUUCCCAGUGUUUACCGAUUGGUUCGGUCUCAAGACGACUCUUUUGAUGAUGACGUCGUUACACCCCAUCGCCUACUUCUGUCUUCCCUAUCUUCCUUUUUUGCCCGCGAGCACCUGGCGGGUGGGUCUCUGGACCUGGCUUGUUGCUCGAAACAUUCUAUCCACAUUCACCUAUCCUGCCCUUUUGAUCCUAAUAAAACGGUGGACACCCAACACUCUCAUUCUCGGCCGGGUGAAUGGGUUGGUGGCGAGCGCAGGGGCCGCCUGUCGAACCGUCUCCCCGGCGGCAGCAGGACUGUUGCAGAGCAUCGGGGAGAACCAUCAUCUUAGUGCUCUGGCGUGGUGGGGAUCGGGUGUAUUCGCGCUGAUUGCAGCCAUUCAAUCUUGGUUUAUCAGGUUCGACGGAGCUCCUAAUUGA